UAGCGCGCAAGCCGCACCGUCCGACGCGGAUGCAGUUACGGGAGCGCAGCGCGACCCAAUGCAACUCGACGAACGUCGCAUAUCCGGAGCCGGAUCAAACGUCGAGACCUGGGCAAGUGGUGCGUGUGCGUGUGUCGCUUCGUCUCCCUCUCGCUUGUGCGCCCGUGGAACGCGCGAGAGAACAAGGCCAGUGACGGGAACGACGGACGGAAGUAAGAACAAGAAUAACAACAACAACAACAAUAACAACAACAAUAAGAAGAAGAAGAAGAAGAAGAGGAAAGCCGAAAAGUAACAAACCCGAUUGAAUUAAAAAAGAAAUCGAAUCACGAUCGUGUUUUUCGUUUGCUCGUGUGUGUGUACCGCAAGAACGCAACAGGAAAUCAAACGGAGAGAGAGAAAAUAAAGAGGAAACGAACGAGAUCGUCGCGAAUAGAAGAAAGUUGUUACGGAUAAGGGAUCGUUGUUGUUUCGUGCCGUCGAUCGAGACGAAUCGUUGUCGUGGUGAUCGUCGCUGCUGUUGUUGCUGCUGCUGCUGCUGGUGCUGGGCUGUUGUUAUUGUGCACGCGCGCCGCGAUUCGCGGUUGAUACUCACGCCCUCGUCGCGUAAACUCGUCGUUCUCCUCGCCGUUCUCGUGGUUACGGCGUGUUGCUCCGAACGCCGCCGGCAAACCGACCACAAGUUUCAGUUUUUUUACACGAACGAUUCCGAAAGAAGGGAGAUGUGAACCCCGGGAACGGGAAACGGAACUCGGAUACGAACGUAAGGGUACGUUGGUGAACGGAUUGGAAAACGCGGGGUUCGUCGGUCGAAUCGCGCGCGGAUUCAAUUUUCCGUCGCUCGAACCGUCGUCGUCGAGGCGAAUUCGUCGAGCCGGAAACGGAUAAACGAAGAAGAGAGGCAGAGGAGAAAAGAAAAAAAAUAAAAGAAGAAAAGGGGUGAAAGAAGCAGCGGCAGUCUCGAGAGGAUCGGAAGGAUCGAAUCGAGGAGAGCAACAGGCUCCUAGCGUGGAAGGAAGACGGUGGAGGGGAGGCGGUGCAACUGGAGAGUUCGGUGCAACCGUCGAUUCCAUUUCGUUAGUUCGCGCUCCAUCUCCUUUUUCGUACGCGUGUCAGUCUACGAUCGUAGCUAGAGUUUCUCGUGGAAGACCUUGUCGUCGGUUCGCGGCCGUCAAUCGUUUCGCGGUCGUUAGUGUUUCGUUCUUUGUCUACGCUUUCUCUACGGUGCGUGAAUACAAUUCGGCGAUCAAUUUGGAGGAAAAUGUCGAGGAAGAUGCUGAUGCUGGUCGAGCGCGGCUGCCGGCUCGGCACGAUAGUGGUGGCGAGCCGCUACGAACGAUUCUGAGGAACAAGCACAUCGUCGAUCGUCGCGCGAGAAGAAGCUAGUGCAACCCGUGAUUCCUUCCUGUCGCGACAAUAACAGCCGGUGAAGUUGGACCGGCAGAAGACUGAAGGAAAGAACCGGUGAGGUGAGCGUGAAAGGCGAAAUCGGUCGGAGCGAAGGAACGUCGAAAGAGAAGGAAGUGGAAAGAAGCAGCAGGACUUGCCGGCGGCGACAGACUGCACUCUCGCACCGUUCAGGGCGCAAGCGUGCACGUGUGUUGUGCGUUUCCGUGCCGUCGUAACCCUGUCUCAGCACGAGGGAGUAGUCGUUUCUCCGCGUUCUCAUCCCUACUCCACCAGCAUCGCCGCCGCCGUUGCCGCCACCGUUAUCGCCACCGCCGCCACCGCCACCAUCACCGUCGCUCCCGUCGGCUCGCCAUCCUUCCGACGUUCGCGAAGAAGCGCCGCCGCAUCCGACGUAACGACGCCGGCCACCACGACGACGACGACGACGACGACGACGACGACAACGACGACGACGACGACCGCGACAAACAGGUGGAGGAGGAGGACGAGGACGAGGACACGGACGAGGACGAGGACAAGGACAAUCGCGACCACGACCACGAUCAACAUUCCGUGGAUCGGACUUCCACCAUCGACCCUCCACGACCACGACGACCACUUUGCCUGUUUCUGGCGCGCGCUACGUCACGCGUGACGUUGUACCCGGCGCACACGUUGAAGCGACAGUGUGCAUACACGAUACGUUUCCCCCUCGCGUCCUCCUCGGGCACCGCCACGACCACCCAACAAAACUACCACCACUCGUGGUUGCCGCGCUAAAACUACCACCAACAACUACUACUAUUACUACUGGAUCGAGAGGGGGAGAUCGAGAAAGCCGGUCAAUCGAGCAAAGAAAGAGGAAGAAAAGCAAGAGGAGGAGGAAGAGGAGGUGGACGAGGACGAGGACGACAACGGCGACGACGACGAAGACGGAGGACGGCCGGCGGCGGAGGGGGUGGAUAUCCACGCGGGAACUCGAGGCAGGCGCACCCGGCCGGCACGCACACACAUAUAUUCUAAGAUGUGAUUUUAAAAAUGGCGGAAUGCCCUUAUGCCCGCUGCAUACAGGAACGCAGACACAUCCGACGGGAGUUGCUGCGAUGGACAAAGAAUAUGGUCUUCGUAGUCGGUCUGGAACGGGUAGCGGAGGAGUUGAUGGGCCGUAGGAGAUGGAAGCAAUAUCAGGACACCCUGUACAGCGGUACUCGCAGCAGCGAAUCAGCGACGACACAGCCCCACCACCGGCUUUACCCGGCGUUCUCGUCGCCCUGCGACCCGGUGCCCGGGAGCCUGGAACAAAUUGGGCCGCGUUCGCUUCAUCCUGCGUCCUCCUCGUUAACCACAACGAUAACGACCACAACGACGGCGUCACCGUCCCCGGCGACGGCAACCGGAGCGGGGACCGGACCAGCAGCGGCAGCGGCCACCACGACAGCGGCAACGACGGCGACUACCACGGGCCUGGUGAAGCAGGAAAGCCUCCAAAGGCAUCACCUGCAGAACCACCAUCACCUUCAAUCCUCCGUUCAAGACCACCAUCGCCAUUAUCAGCAGCAACAGUCGGACGAGUCGCGGCGACUCAGGCCCGACGAGAUAAAGGUCGAGGUCGGCGAGGCCGAUUACGCGAACGGUGUCGCGCGAGAGGAAUCGUCGGCAAGGACAGCCGAUCCGUCGACGACGGCUACGGUAACGGUGCCCAUCGUACCGACUACUACGGCAACGUGUAUCGGUACCAUCAGCAGCACGGCGACCGGCACGAUAGCGACGAUCGCGUCGGCCAGCACCAUCCCCCCGAGCAUGACCACCGGAACCACCACGAUUCCGAUCAGGCGGCGACGCAAACGCCGCCAAAACGACGCCGAGACCACGGACGACAGAGAGGACGACGAAGAGAACGAGGAAGAGGAGGAUGGAAGGAGUUUGAGCGAGGUCGAGAAAAGGCUGAAGCUCGACGAAAGCGCCGACAGGCCCGUCAGUCCUCUCAGAAGGGAGAAGGAUCGAGCGACACGGGAUUAUCCGAUCGCCAACGCUACCGAUACGGAAGGGACCAAGGAACGAACGGACGAAGUUGCGUUGGAGCGGACACCGGUGACGCAGGGCUUGCUAAGGGUGAAGAAAGAAGAAGAGUUGCAAGAAGUGCCGAGCGGUGGAGGCGGACCGACGGCACUGUCGACACCGGUUACGGAUCCGGAUGGGACCAGGUCAGGGUUGCCGUGUCGGGAGGUUGACCCGGUAGCUAGCAGAAACACGGUGGCGUCGUUUCUCGUUGGAAGUCGACGCACCAGCCCACCGCCAGAAGACUGGAAGCCGUUGGACAAGUGUUACUUUUGCUUGGACGGCAAACUACCGCACGAUGACCAGCCACCCCUCAGCCCGCAGAGCGAGAGCAGCAGCAGCUCGCGAUCGGCCGAGUCACCGAUGUCGGUCCAGGUGGACCCAAUGGCGGCGUCCGUGGUCGCCGCGGCUCUCACCAGCACCUACCCCACCUUGUUGCCCCAGUGGUGUCUACCACCGAGGGAGGCGCCUCUCGUUGGGGUGCAGCCUCAUCAGGACAGUGGAACGUCGGCCGAUCAACCGCUCGAUCUCUCGGCCAAACCGAAAAAUUCUCAGGAUAACAACAUAUCUUUGCUGGAACAACAGAAAAUACCUCUAAGGAUGACGGCAGGUAUCGACCCCAAGAGUAUCUUUAAUUCGUGUUAUCGAGCGAAACCGCGAAUGACCGGACCAGUGACGGCGGUGGCGGCCGCAGCAGCCGUGGCAGGUGUCGGUGGUGUCCCCGUGGUGGGUGCCGGUGGUGGCCGGAGGACUUACACCGAAGAGGAGCUGCAAGCCGCGCUCAGGGAUAUCCAGAGUGGCAAGCUCGGUACACGAAGGGCGGCAGUGAUCUACGGGAUUCCGCGUAGCACCCUGCGCAACAAGGUCUACAAGCUUGCGAUGGAACGCGAAAGGGACGCGUCCCUCUCUAGCACCCACUCACACCCUCACGAGCCCGGCGCCCCAGCCACCACCACCACCACCAUCACCACCACCAUCACCACUACUACUACUACUACUACUACUACAACACCACCAAAUACGACCCAAAACGCCUCCGCGACCACUCCGCCCCCGCAAGUGGAUGAGGUGGACGACAAGGAACUGUCCGGAGCCGAAGAGGAGAAGGAAGUGGAAAAAGCUUUGCUGAAACCACUGUUGUCCUUGGAAGAUCUCGUCAGGUUCUCCGCCCUGGAAGGAAGCGGCGGUGAUUCGUUGAGAACUUUGCUUCAACGAGGACACGAAACAGGAGGCGAAUGGCCAGGUCUUGAACACGCCAACAUCGGUCCGUACAUACAAAAGAUGCUCGCAGCGGCUGCGCCAUUUAAGGGCAUGGAAACGCAAGACUAUCGCAUUCCAGAGGUGAUGAGAAGGCUGAUGAGCGAAGACAAGAGGCUAAACAAGAGCGUAAACGGGGACCAGUCGCAGCCAGCGCAUCAACAGCUUCAUCAUCAUCAGUCGCACUCGCAAGGGCAGUCUCAGUCGCAGACGCAACAGCAACAACAGCAGCAACGCGGUCCGAUCACCAACGACGAUUUCAAUCCGAACAUCGAGGAGGAGGCGAGCGACAGCGCUCAAGGCAGAGCGAUUCUGAAGAUUCCGUCCUACAAGCCCGCGAGCACACCCGGAUGUUCCAGCAAGAACGGCGAACCAACCUCGGCCGCGUUCGCUCAAAGUUUCGCGGCCGCGGCUGCCGCUUCGAGUCCUGGCCUCCUGGAACGGGCCAGCCCGGCCUUCUCCGGUACCAGCAGCCCGACCAACUCGUUGGUCGGCAAGACGGUAGCGGUGAAUUUCCGCGACGUCAUUGCCAAGAGCAUCAGCGUGAAAUUCCAAGAGGGUCAAUCGGUGGCAGCGGGUGGAAUUCCUGGAUGCCAAACAGCGGGGGUAGUGCAACCGCAGCAGACGAUGAUGACGGAUCCGAGUCCGUUCAAGAGAGGUAGAUACACGCCACCUCAGCCGACCACGCAACCGGCCCAAUCGCAGUCGAAGCCGCAACAGACCCAAGAUGCGAACAAACAGAAACCCGCCACCGGUGGCAAAGGAACCAGACCGAAACGCGGCAAAUAUAGAAAUUACGACAGGGAUAGCCUGGUCGAGGCUGUACGCGCGGUUCAACGGGGUGAAAUGAGCGUUCAUCGUGCAGGCAGCUAUUACGGAGUGCCGCACUCCACCCUCGAGUACAAAGUGAAGGAACGGCACCUGAUGAGGCCAAGAAAGAGGGACCAGAAGCAAUCGGACGACAAGACGAAGGAGACCGCUACCGCGGCGGUGGCCGCGGCAGCUGCGAACGUACGACCCGGUACAGCCGACAAGAAACCGCAAUUGAAACCGCAGAAACCUUUUACACCACCGGCCGGUAUUCCAGGCCCGAACGGACUGAAAAUGCCGCCGUUCAUUGAGGGCAUGCCCCAUUUACCGUUCGCGCCGUUCAACUUUUGGAGUCCGACGCCGUUCAUGCCGACCCCCUUCAUGGCGGGUGCGGCGAACGUUCCGCCGAUCCUGCCGGAACAAUACUUUGCUUCCAGCAGGAUUCGUGGCUUGCAAGAGCAACAGAGAAGCGCGGCUAUGGUGCAACAGCAACAACAACGUGACCGAGAUGGAAUCGGGGUGGCCGCGGCUACCACGGAGUCGCCAGGUACCUCGAAUUCUCGUAGCACGCCGAUGACAAAGACGCCGCGGGAGGUGUCGGAAAGUUUAUACGACGGUUCGGGUGCAAACGGUAGUUUCUUGGACAAUUUGAUCAGGUCGAGCCUCGAGACGGGCAUUCCAAGGGACCAGCGAACAAUGACCGAGACGAGGAGCCAGCAACAGCAGCAGCAGCAGCAACAGCAGAGUUCCUCGCAACAACAACAACAACAACAACAACAACAACAACAACUGCCGGAAGCGAUGAGGAGCAAGGCGUUGAUCGAUCAACUGUGCAGAAACUCGAGGAGAACGCCGGUGCCGAGGCUGGCACAGGAUAGCAGCGAGGACGAGAGUUACAGGGGACCAUCGACUGCCGGCAGAGCAGUGCCGGAGAGACCGGAACGCGUGCCCACCGUCGAUCUGAGCCCGUCCCCGUCGGAACGGGGUCGCGCCGACGACGGUAGCGAUCGACUCGCCUCGCCGCCCACUCCGCUCUCCGUAUCGAGAGCCGGAAGCAGGGACGACGACAGUACUCGUGACUCGAGGAUCGAUCGUAGUAGCAGGGAGCGCGAGGUUCACAAUGGUGGACAGGAGGAUCGCGAUAGAAAGACUCUGACCAUUCAGCAGCCGCCACAGCAGCAGCAGCAAAAUCAUUACCCGGACUUACACAAUCUCUACGCCGUAUCAACUGACAAAAAAAGUGCCUGUGAUAGUAAGCUUAUAGUAGAUCAUUCGAGCCAGAAGACUCAGCCGCAGCCGCAGCAGCAGCAACAGCAGCAGCAGCAGCAGCCACAACAGCAACAGCCGAAAGAGUACGGUGCAGUGAGCGGACUGGUUGUGCAACUGCAGCGGGGUUACGGUACCGGAAGCAACAGGUCCGGCGAGCAGACCAACAGCCAACAAUCGGCGGAGCAGCGCGGCCCCGUGAUCACUAUGGAAGACUCCGUUGAGCAGUAGGAAAAAAAGUCGGUAUCGUUGAUCAGUAAAGUAUAGAAUAACGAGAGUAUGGCGAACGAUUCGUUUUAAUACGAUAAGCCGAUUCCCGCCCAAUGCUGCGGCGUUUUACGCAUCGCCACGUCACGGACACACGUGGGGGAUUGGGGGAUAUACAUUACUCGCCUUGCGCGCAAACCUCUCUCCCCCUUUCGCUACUAGCAGUUUUGCACGCUCCGCGUUUUCCUCCUUUUCCGCGGACGUGCUCGAUAAUCGGUGCUCUCUCGUGAACGCCGCGCCGUCGGCCGUCGUUGCCAAACAAAGAACCGGAAAUGGAGUAGCACGCGUCGCGUUCACUCGUGAAAGCGAAUGCGACCGUUUCGUGGAGGAGGUCACGAAAGGCGAGUAGUAACAAGCACCUCCUCUGUCCGUGUUGGCUGCGUAGGACCAAGAGGGAGGGACGUUUCGACAAAACCGCGAAACGUGGCACGAACGUGGUAGUGGCCCUAGCCUGACCCUGCCCUUUCCAUCCGGAAGCCCCUCGAACGUCGCGAGGCAAGUUCAAAACAGGAAGCGUUAAGGAAACGAGAGAGAAAAGAAAAGGGAAACGAAUAACGAAAGAAAGAAAAAAAAAGAAAAAAAAAACACAGCGUAAACGCUAUCCAACCAUCCACGAACCCAUUGCUAUUCCAUCAGUUACACGUAUCCGGCAGUCGAUCACCGUCCAGCUGACGGUAGGUCGUACCGGAACCUUUUUUUCGACUAUGGCGAUAUUUCGAUUCGAACAGAACGCAAGAAACGGAAACGAGACACGAUGCGAUGUUAUUGUACAAAACUCGUACACGAACAAACACAACCUUUUACACUCAUACACUGGUACACAGAAACGCGAUACCAUACGGUACGUAGACGCGUGGAUACCUCUGACAUUGUCGUAAAGACGGUGAUCUAUGGGCGAUAUCCAUGGGGAAAAUUCAAAUUAAAACAAAACAUACACACACACACACACACGAGAGCAGCACCUAUAUAAACACGAGUCCACGCGUGCACGCGUCCGUAGGAAAGAUACACGUUGGGUAAAAGGAGGAGCGCGCGAUGAAUUUUCCGCGGGGUUUCCCGGCCGAUUACGCGCGCGGUAACGUUGGCCGCUAAAACACUUUUCCAACACGAGGGGAGAACACUGGAGAACAAAUUGCCGACUAAUUGCAACAACGUAUAUUUUCCUCUGUCGAUGUAAAAGCUACCUAACGCAAAACUUAUUACCUACUACUAACAUUACUUAACUCGUAAGGAGCAACAUAAUUAUAUAAGGAAUGAUAUAUUAUAUAUAUAUACACACACAUAUAUAUUUUUGGUCAUUACGAACGUGUGCGAAAACGAGAACGAGCCAAGACUUUUGUUGGCGCGCGUAUAGGUGGCGUUUUUUCACGAGGCGACAAUAUUUCUCUAAUCUCGGUUAUUUCGAGGCUGGCGUUCGGUAGAAACGAAUAGGGGGAUGAUGGAAGGAGGACACGAGGGGUAAAAAGUUGCUAUUUCAUUCUUCUUUUUUUUUACACUUUUUUUUCUCGGGAGGAAAAAAUUAGGAAAACGAAGAUGGUUCUUCGUCAACGAGGAAUUCGAGUUCGAUGUUUUCUCUAAACAAAGACAUUUCGACAAAUUGCAGAAAAUUGAGCGAACGCUCGUUAAAUUUUUUCGUAUGUUUCGAGUCGAUUUCUUCGUCGACGAAGAUCCUAUUCCCCGUUGUGGAACUCGAGGGAAUCUAUGGCGAAUGCAACGACGAAAAUUCAGCGAGAAAUUUUCACCGAUUCACGAAACGGGAUCACUGUAUAAGCGCGCGCUUGCUCUCGACUCGGUUACCGAAGUGCAAAAUUUUUUCUUACGCGUGGCGACGCCCACACAUUUUGAUACGAAUGCAAUUUUUCUAUCUCGUAGAAGCAAAAAAAAGAAAAAAAAAAACGGAAUAGAGAAGCAACCAUUAGCGGCGGCGUUCGUAGAAUUUCUUCUUCGCGGGGAAAACAUUCACCCGAUUCAUUCGUCAGGAUUGGACACUGGCUGUGUUUCUUCCUUGUUAAAUUCUCCACGCAUUCGCGAAGGUGUGUGUUUUCCUCUCGGCGACGAGAAACGCGCGAAAAACGUAGGUGGAAUUAGAUGAAAUCCUAACGAGUCGAAAAUCAAGUUCUUCGAGGAUUAUCCGAACAAGUUCGACCAACCGGAGGAAAAGCACGUUAGGUUGUUCGCUCGUACUUUUUUCAGGGAUUACAGAAAUUUUUAAAGCUUUUAUCGAUCGUUUCGACGACGACGUUAGCGUGUCUAGAAUGUUCUCUGAUUUUUGCAAAAAAAAAAAGAAAAAACGAUAGAAGAGAAAAGUUCGAUCCGGUCGUUGAGAUUGAUGAUCAUGGGGAAGAGGAUUUUUCUGACGACGACACGAAGAACGCCAGUCCCUCCUCUUUUGACUAAUUUUUUCGCAGAUUGUCCAUGAGCGUCGUGCGCGCGACUAUCGAGGUAUCUUCUCGUAUUAUCCGAUUAUACAGUUCCGUUACGACAGAAGGAGAUCCUUGACUAUGUAGGUGAACACGUUUUAACAGCGUGGUUGCGAUUUCGUCGUUUCGCUAGCUGUAGUAUUCGAGAGCCAGGAGAACGUUGUUGGACCAAGACGAAAACGACGAAACAGUACGAUUCGUUAGCCAAUCAUAGGAGAAGUGAAAGAAAGAAAAAUAUGAAAAAAGAGAGAAAGUAGAAAGGGGUUGGACGAGAAAAAGCCGGGACGUGGAACGCGUCGUCGGACGCGAUCCACGUGUCGGUCCUGUGUUUCUCGCUUGACACGGAGGAUUCAUCGAGUCGAUUCUAAAGAGAACUUAAAAAAUGGACGAGGACAGAGGAAACGAAAGGAUAAUUCACGCAUUCAUCUCAUGACUCUCUUUGAAACAAAGUAACGACUGAAAGACUCUAGGCUGUACAUAAAGUAUAAGGCAUGUAUGUUCGGUGUUUUAAAAAAAAAACGAAAAAAAUACGCAAAAAUUCCUUAUUAACGCAUAAAAAAAUUAUACCUUACGAUAAAGAAAUAAAAAAAAAAAAAAGUAUAAUAAUAAUACAAGUAAAAUCGUGUAAGCAAGGCUAACUAUCUCUCUCUCGGUGUUUUUUGGAACUAAACUUAAACAAAUUUACCCGUAAACUUAAAGCAAAAAAACCGUGAAUUAACAAAGCGAGGUGACUCUAAAGGGGAAAAAGAACAAGGGUGCAAAUCCAGCCGCGCGGAGAUGCGCGUCGGAGAACAAGAUAAAAAACAAGUAAAUUGAUUGUGAGUGUAAACGUUAAGGUCUCGUUAGGGUUAAAGAAAGCAAACUAAAAUGAAAUUGCUGAACAGCAGAAACACAAGCGAAAUGCAAGCACUAAUCAUGAUUGUGUGUAAACGUAAAUUUAAACCUUCCUUCUAUCCCUGUGUCCACUGACCAAACACCAACCCUCCCAAUUUUUAAUCGCUCAUCACCCAAGCCGACCACACGCUUCGCGUCAAACUUGUAAAUCGUUCGAUGUGAUCUUAACUACUCGAUACCUCGAAAGAAAAGUAACAUUUUUUUUUCUAAACGUUCACCAGGCACCACACCGAUCGAAACAAGAGGAAAAAAAAAAAUUAUUUCUUACACUCGUUUCAAACAUCGUCCUUCGCUCCAUCCCUCCCUCCUUCCUUCGAGUACCCCUCACCACCUUUUUCUACCCCAAUUUACCGGGAUAGAUGAAAGAAAUAUGUCCCGAUAAAUAUCCCCUUUACCCCAAAAAGAUUUAUCGUUAGAUGUGGAAAAUGAAUAUUUAUCGUGCGGAUGAUUAUAAAACGUGCGUACAUUAUGAUUGUCGUUAAUUCAAUUACGGUUACAAAGGUAUACGUCGCGACGUUCUACACGCGUCCAUUAAUCGGGAGCCGAACACCGUCGUCGUCGAUCCAUCGACCAGAUUCUCUCGAUUUCUCGAGCCAUUGACACGUUCGUUUCAAAAUUAAACAAACUAAAUAGAGGCGCGUGAAAUUUUGUACGUUCGAUUCGAUUCGAUGAUUUAACGCACAAUAAUGUUUCGAAAGUUUACGGUGAUAAGAGGAUAAUCAAAAAUAAUUUGGUCCGUGUAUAUCUUGGAAGAUCGAUCGAUAAGAUUUAAUAUGGGGUAGGGGGCGAGAAGUUUCUGGUUCGACGACGACAGCCUCGUCUCCUGCACAAAUUAGGCACGCGGCAACUGCGAGUCUCGUUCGCGUUCGUUGAAAACGAGACGAUUGGGUCGUGACAAUUGGGACGAUCGGCGCCAACGGCGUAAUUAACGAGGCUGCCGUAUAAUGAUUUCCCAAUAACAACACACACAGUCGCGUCAACGUGUCUGCCGCAGCGAUUUCGUGUAACGAGCACGGUACGUUUCGUUUCCGGCCGAAGGAAUUCCAAGCCUCUUUUGACACGAGGCACGCGCGCCUACAACGGAAGAAAGAUGCCUCUCUGCUUUUCGCGGGAGAGAGAGAGAAAGAGAGAGAGAGAUGAUAAGAUAAAAAAUUGGAUAACGUUCUGUGAUUCUAAACAUUAUCGGAAAUAUUAAAGAAGCUGUCCAUUGGUUAGUCGUUGUUGCGAUUUUAAGAGGGAGUAUAAUAUAUUCUCUAAUAUCGAAAUUUCGUGUUUUUUCAAAGGGGAACGUAAGUAGAGAUUCGCGAGAAGUAUUAGUGACACAGGCUAGGGCAGAUAUCGUUGCCAACGCGACUGUAGGAUGAAAAUGUGUCGAUUUACGUUAUUUUUCUCUUUUCAUUUCGGUUCCUUUCUCCGAGGGAGACGGCGGGACGCUCGAGCGAAGGAUCGAAUCCGCGAGAAACGAAUCGAGCUCGUUGACAAAAUUCGAAACUUCGUCGUGUAUGUUAGAAAAUUCGUUCCCUUUGAAAAGUACCGUUUGGACGCAAAGUAGCCUUCGCUGGCAGAUUUCCGGUCGUCUCCCUUCACGUCGCGGGCGAUACGCUAGAAAACGAUCCGGCAAGAGACGGAUUGGUCGAAAACGGGGAGGAAAAAAAAAAGAAAUCUUUAAGAAUUCAAAGAAGAUAUAUUAUAUUAAAGUAUCUGUGAUGUAAAAAGUAACAAAAUUUUGAUGUAUAUUUUUCACAAAUUAUUGUAACCAGCUAGUGUAUAUGUGUAAGAUUACGGAUAUAAUGAGAAAGAAAAAAACAAAUACUAUUGUAAUUACGGUGUGCGGAGACAAAAUGACGAGUAAGAAAGGGAGAGCAGAUCGAAAGCCAACAAACAAAUGAAAAAUAUGAACAAAGAAACAAACAAACAAAAGUAAUGAAUGAAAGGAAGAAAGAAAGCAAAAAAGAAAAAAAAUUAAAAAGGAAACAAAUAUGGGAGAAGCGAGAUCGCGAGAUAUUACGUUUAUCCACACCGGUGGUCAGAUGGGACCAAGAUGGCGGGCAUCGCUCGGAAAGUCGGGUCCAAAGAUUCCCGUUUUUCUUCAUUUUUUAUUUUCUACUUCUUUCGUCGCUUUAUCUCGAGAGAAAAGGUAAAAAUUAAUCUCGACUAUUUACCGAAAUUGAACGUUCGAUCGCUCGUCUCUCCGUUCGUUGAACGCGGGCAGAGAUAAAAAUAAAAACUGGAAGAUUUGGUCCGAUUGGCCCUGAAACGGCUCAAUGUCAGCUACCUCACAGAGCAUCGUCACGUUUUGGUACGGUUUGCGUAGGGGGAUGUUCGCGCGUUUCCGUCGCGACAGGAAACUGGACCCGCGUAUCCUCGAUGGCACGAAUUCACGUUCAAAAGUCCUACUAUUUUCUGAAAGAUUUCGGCCUUUCCUUUCAGCGUUAACGCGAAUUCAAGAUGAAGAAACAAAAAUCCAUUGAUCGACGUCCAGUUUCCUCGAGCAGGGUGCGCGCGAAUUUUGGUUGGGGUGGGGUUGUGUAGAAAUGGUCUAAACAGUUCCAAAUUGUGCCUAAGUUUCGACGUUACGUUUUUACGACUCGCAACAGAACGAACGACGAAUGUUAAUACCCGUAGCAGCAAACUGGAGCUUUAGUUCAAAUGUUGGGGGGGGGGGGUGGUUUCGGUACGCGUGGAAAGGCAGUGAGCGGGGGAACAAGGGGUGGCAGAAAACGAGAUGGGCGACUUUAAAAGAAGAAAAAAAAGAAACUAAAUUUUAAAAGUAUAUUACCUCCGUACACGUUCCAGGGCCGUCCAACCGCCAUCUUGCGUUCACUUUUACGUUCCGUUUUGUCGAAUAAGUGCAAUUAGGUACACCUACAUUACACGCAAACAACACAACACACACACACACACCCUCGUUGACACGAAGUAACACGUUCCUCGACAUCGACUAACACGCAAUUCCAUACAUUUACACGCGUUAAACAAGCGUCAAAGGAAAGCGAAGAAAACGAACUGUUACGCGCUAGGUUACCGUUUUUUAAAUUCUAUUUUCAAUUCACGCAUUCUCGAAUGUUGGGAUUUUCGUGAUCAACGAAGAGCUGGCCUGUCGUUCACGUAUAGAGUACACGUACAGACACGCGUUAAACACGUACACGUACAAGAGAACACAGGGGAAACGUACAUUUUUACACAACCAUACUCGUACACAGACACACACAAACAUAAAGCCGACGUCGAUUCGACGACAAGAUACGAUACGCCGCACCGUUUUGAUCGUUCUCGAAUUAGAGAUUUAUGAUUAGAGAUUCGUAAUUGCUGAAAAUUCUAAAAAAUUUUAAUCAGGCAUUUCAUUAAGAUGGACGUAAGCAAAAGAAUCGUGUUAGAUCGACGAUCAAAAAGAUUGAAAGUCAACAGAGAAACGGUCAGGGAUGGUCGGUGUAAAACUUACGGUACCUUUUCUAAUUGGCUUUAACGAGUUUGUAGACUCUAGUCAUGCAAUGACUCUGAAAGCACGGAAAGUUGUCGGGUACUUUUCCCGUGGAUUCGUAUACGCGUACUUGCCGAUUUGUGUUCAAAAUACCAGUCGAUUCGACGUGCGGCACGACACCGGUAACGUUACGAAUACUUCUAACGCGUAAGCGCGCGCGAGUUGGGUGCACCCAUGGGUGCACGCGACUGGCGCGCCUGGGAAGGAAGAUAAAUAGAUAGGUAGAUAGAGAUAUUACGACGAAAAAGAAGAAAAAAAAGAAGAAAAUAGAAAAAAGAGAAAAAAGAAAAAGGAAAAGAAACAAUCGGAAGAUUCGAGCAGCGAGAAUGGCAAAAGACGGUGAAAACCGGUGCUCGACCACGCCUCCGACAUCAGCCCGAAUCGCGGACCCUCCUCGUAUUGCGACUGACAGCGAUUUUUCUUUGCAGAGCUCUCUCGCGACAGCUGGGAACGAACGCGAAAUCAUCCGUUCUCGCUGCCAGCCUUUCAACAGCUCUUCUCUUUUCAUUCGCGAGCGGGUAGUAGCGCGACGGUUUGUCUCGCGCGACAGUUCACGCGAGAUUUCGUUCGAAACGACUAGCUUCAUUGAACUUUUAUAAAAUGUUUUCUACGAAUUUCGUCGUCAUCGACCGAUCGACCGACUGAACUAUUCGUCGAUUCGUCGAUGCGCGAACAAAGGAAAUAAAGAAAAACACUAUUGAUCGUUUGUCUUGUCUGGAGUAAUUUCGUGUCGCGUGAUUCGGCGUGAGCGAGGCAACGGGUGAGAACGAAGUUCGUCGGGCAAAGGUCUAUAUAUACAUAGAUAAAUAUAUAUUGUUAUAUUCGUCCAUCCAAAAGAAAGAAAGAAAGAAAGAUAGAUGAAAAAAAAAAGAAAAAAAAAAGAAGAAAAAGGUGAUGUAUUCUUUAAAGUACAAUUACUUCUUGUUCCAUACACGAGUCGAAAUUACUUUCUCAUGUUCCUAUUCUCGAGGUUUAAGGGAGCGAAGUGAGUCGGUGUUGCGUCGCGGCAAAGAGCGAUGCGUCCUCGUCGGUCGCGGAUCUCAUUUCCGCGAGGGUGGUGGACCAGAUCGGAGGCGAUUAAGGUUCGGCACCGGUUAAGCCUACACUUUUUCGACUAGUAGCGUAAAUGGUUAGGUAAAUGGCGCUGCUACUACGUAUGCUACCACCAGAUAGUACUUUCGUAGUUUGGCGCUUUAGUUGUUUCUAAUAUCGUGUUGUUUCGUUCCUUUUUUUCGUUCGUCGAAUUAUACCGUCGUUGUGUAAGCCUGGCUUCGCCGCGUCAUCCAUCGAGAGCGGUCUAACUUUCAGAGAAAUAAACGAGCCGAACGAAUCGUUUCUCGACGAACGUUUUUAUAAAAAAAGAUUAUCCUCGAGAAACGAUCAGAGAAAUCGGCUCGUUAACGACGUUGACGACGGUGCCGUAGGUCUCGAUGCUUCAAUCAAACCUGUCUGUACCAAAAUCAUUCCGGAACACACGCACUGGAAGUUCAAAGUACGACCAACUAGUUACGGACCAAGUACGCUGAACUGUCGGUGAAAUCAAUCAAAACACACGCGUCCGAGAGGCGCGUUACGUAUACGAAAACGAAAAUGAGUAUAAAAUGAAGGAAAGAAUCCUGUCGUUUGAGACGCUCACCGUCCCUUCAACGUCCCGCCGAAAUUCGGCGAGGCCAGGCGCGUGUUUCGAUACGCUACAAAACUUUUUAACGUUUAAAGUAACCGUUCGAAUGCUAAAGAGGUAGUUAAGGGGAAAAAAGAGAAACUACGAAUCCAAUCGAAUCUAAGGAUAAAAAGGAAACAAAAAAAAAAAAAAAGAAUAUCCUCAACGCUCCGAUCCCUCCUCCGCACCAAACAAUCCCAUAUAUUGGACAGAUCGCCGUCAUCCAUCCACUGGAACAAAUGCUCCUCAUCCGGACAACCUAUGGCAAACGCUCUUUGACAAAUUCACCUGCCACAUUUUCGAUCACACACGCACACUCGGUGACACGCUAAACGAAAACACCAGCAAUAUUAAACAGUACACACAGUCUGCUUUCUAAUACUACUACUACUAGUACUACUACUACAUACAGCUACAACAGAUAUCGCAGCCUCCCGAUACCAGUCGUCUCCUUGCAGUUUGAAAGCGGGACGCGUUCGUGACGGACGCUGCACGCUUCGAAAACAUCUUACGACGAGAAGAUCAAAGAUAUUCUACGCGAGAGGAAAAGCAAACCCGUGAAAUUCUUCUUCGUCUUCGAACCGCGCCGCGGCGUCGAUGAUACGUCCGAUCGCGAUCCCGCGCCCGAGUGCCGCGGGUUGCAUACUCGCCCGGGCACCGAGAACAAUACAACCCGGCAACAACACACAAAAAACAGCAGCAGCAGCUACAAUAGACAUCUCUCUCUGUCUGAGCCAGGCCACGUCGCGAUCGCGAGACGUUUUUCCACGCUCGCAACGAUCGCCGUGCCCUCGAGCUAUACAAAAUAUAUAUACAUUAUAUAUUACAGCUAAUAAAUCUCUACAUUUCACAUAAUCCAGCAGUGAUUCAAGCAAAACGCAGAUGCCACGAAGAGCAAUGCAAAUACAAGGAUCGCCCGGUUUUCCGUUCUCUGGCAACGCGUUUCGCCCGUUCGAUUCAUUCCGAUCGGCUUCGAUCGCGGAAACGAUCGAGAGAAUCGCCGGGCGAAACGAUCGAGAUUCAGAGCCGGGCGUAUGUCCCCUCAAAUCAAAACCCGCAGUCAGCACAGAAAAAAAAAAAAAGUAAUAUUACAUAAACGAUAAGUGCAGAGGAAACAAACUACUCUAAUUAAACAAAAAAAAGGUAUAUAUAUAUUAUAUAUAUAUUAUUAUUAUUAUUAAUUAAUUAUUAAACAUACAUAAAAGAAUAUUAUAAAUAACACAAAGAAGUACUAUAUUACUACUAUUAUUAAUUAUUAUGAUUCUUAUUAUAAAUUUAAUGAAACAAUGAUAACAUUCCAACCGUCAAUGUGCCACACGACUUUUUAUAUGCUCUUAAAAAAAAAAAAAAGAAACUGUAAAGGGAACGAGAGAUUUUUCGAUAAUCGUCGUCGGUGGUCGCCGUUGAAGGAGCGCGGAUAAAAGCAAGCGUUCGACGAACAAUCGUGGACCGCGAGGCUGUGAAAAGACGCGGGCGAAACGUCUCGGGGGGUGAAACUGUACAGUGUGAUUCGCGAAAAGAGAAAAUAAGGGGAAAGAGUAUAAUAAUAACGAGAUGAGCGGAGGUUCGCCGCGUUUUCCCGAUGCUGAAUUUAGCCUAGUGCUCUCUAAGAAAAACACGAAUUCGCGGUACGACGUUGCGUUGCCUUUUUCGUGUCGAUUCCAUUUUCAAAGUGAGAGAAUUGAAGAAGAGAAGAAAGAAAGCAAAAGAAUAUAGCGGUAGGAUAUUUUUGCGUUGCCGGUCGAGAACGAUCGAUCGUGACCAGGGCAUACUUAAUUGUUCCGGCGAGCUUUUGUAAUUACGACGAUUAUUGUCGCGUAACGAAGAAGCGCUCCUUUGCGCUCAGCUGCAUGCGCUAACGACAAGACUCAUUGAUUUAGUUGCGCGUAUUAUUUGCUGUUAUUAUUAUUGCUAUUCAGAUUAUUAUGGUUAAUAUUUUUAUUAUUAUUAUUAUUGAUAGCUAUAUUAUUAGAGUUAGUAUUAUUAUUAUUAUCAUCGCUAUUUGUAAGUGUCAUUAUUAUUAUUAUUAUUAGCGCUACCAUUGUUAGAGGAGAUAAUAUUUGCGAAUUUGACGGGCAUGCGUUCGAGUAAAACACACAGGCACACGCGCAUGCAAGCAUGCAUUAUCAGUGUGUCAUUAUUGUUACAAAUAUUAUCCUUAUUAUUAUUAUUAUUAUUAUUAAUAUUAUUAUUAUUGGUAUCGUUUAGUUUAGAAUUUUGUUUACCUCGAGAGUGUUUGAAGGAUUCGCGUCCCUUGUGAAUACGUUGUAUGUAUAUUGCUGCGUGUGUGCCUCUGCGUAAUCGUGCAUUUGUUAAUAGGUUAAUCGAUAUAUAGUACUUAUCAUUAUCAUUAUCCGUGUCAUUUUCGUUGUCAUUAUCGUCGCGGUUCGUUAACAUCGAUAUCGUUAUCAUCAUCGGCGUUACGAUUUCUCACCAUCGUCAUUAUUAAUAUUAUUAUUAUUAUUAUUAUUAUCAUUAUUAUUAUUAUUAUUAUUACCAUCGUUAUGUAAUUAUCAAAGUUAUCGAUUACUUUCGAAUAAAAACGCGCGAACGAUGAUUAAUUUCUUAAACACGUAUGUUCUUUUUUUUGUAAUUAUAUAGGUACUACUUUUUUGUAAAACAUUUUAUAUUUGAUAACGCGAGACUUAUCAGUCUCUGACCAAUCCAAGUGCAAUUCGUAACCAUUCGUUUCUUGUAACUUUUCUUUUCUUUUUUUUUUUUUUUAUUGUUGAUUACUCGCGUUUCUUGUCGCGCCUUCGAGGCACCAGCACCUCCCAUUCGUCGUUAGUUUCUUCUACGAGCGUGAGUAUCUUUCUUCGAGCGCUUUCUAGUUUCUCCUUCUUUUCGUUCAAAGUACUUACGUAUCUCGAGAUCAGAGAAAAAGGCUCGAAUGAUUCGCGUAGAUAGGCGAAGAGAGAAAGAGGAAAAUGUUUAACGAAACGAGUAUCGAUACCAAAGUACCGAUCAUUCGAAACUCUUCUUCGAAUUAUUCCAUAGACGUUGGUCGCUCAAACCUUUUCUUAAGAGUUUUUUUCCGAAGACAAUGUAAAACGGAAUUCAAUUUUACUCGAACUAAUCCAAAUUGAGGGAACAAACAAACAAAUCGAUCGUUCUUACCGGUCAUUCCACGAUCAUUCCGUCUUAUUUCAUUUUUUUUAAUACGUAACUCGUAAUCCGUAUUUUCCCUGAUUUUCUCUGCGCGAAGGCAAGAAUCAUGAACGAAUCGCAUCGAAAGGCAAACGUUCAGUUGACAUUCCGCCAGGAUGUUCGUCGAUCGUUUUCUUUUUUAAUUCUUCGCGCUGUUUCGAGACGGCGAGGCCGCGCGAGACGAUCGUUAAUCGACCGUAAGUCUAAUCUGGGCAUAAAUCGGGCAAACAUCGACGCGGUGUUUGCCGAUCUUCGGAUAGAAAUCAAACCUUGUAUAUACCGCGUAGGACACGUAUCACAUCACUUUCUGUAAACCGAAACACGCGUUACACAUCGAGGCCGCUACGAUGCUGCGAUUACGACACGAUUGCUAAAUCCUCAAACCGGUAACACUGUUUCCUCCAUCAUCGAGUUUUCAACGGUACACCUUUCAGCCCUUACACCCUGUACAAGUCCGUGAGAAUCGCGACGAGCUCUCUUGACGUUCGUCGAUCGAAACACAGUCUAGCUGGCUGAUGAAUUUCCUGCAUUUUCUUUCGAACGAUAGAGAAAACCCAGCGCACACCGACGAGCGAAAAUCCCGAAUUCAACGAAAAGUCGCGCGCGUUGAACGCGUUUCAACGACUGUCGAGGGAUUCCGCUGCUUUUCGCGCGUCUUCUCACCUUCUGCUUUUCCCAUACAAAUUAGACCUUUUCACGGGUGGAAUCUUUUACUCGCUUUCAUUCGCCACUUAAGCGGGAAAGAAACAAACGAAUCUCUAUGAAAUGCGGUUCAAUUCGAGUAUACAAUCUGAAAACAAAAAAUCUUCUACCAUUGGGUGCUCCGAUUUGACACGAGUUGGUAAAGUUGUCGAGGAACCACUCUUGGAAAGGUCUAGCGAAAACGCUCGUCUGAUCGCAACAGAGUCAGUGUUGUAAAGCAAACACGAAACGGAACGAAACGGAACGGAACGAAUGGUUCGAAAACCGUGAAGGUAGAGGCGCGUUUCGAGCGACGCGUCGUUUGAAUCCCGCCGGAAGCUUAUCUCUUAGGUAGUUCACGUUUGUAGAGACACCAAGUUUCCACGAUACGUAUGUCACGGUGUAUUUCCGACGCGCAGAUCGAUCGAUUCACGGUCGAGCGUCGACACCCAUCGCCUCCUACCUAAACUCGUACACCCAGCUUAAGUUUCGUUCUCUCUCUCCUUGAUCACCUGCCUCCCAGUCACUCGUAAUCGCUCGUCAAGUACAAUGGAAGCAUGCGUAACCACGUAACAUUUUUGCACGCGUUAAUGGUAACAACCUUCGUACCUUGAUGACGCUCGGCAUCGCGUAUCCGACCGUCUCGACUCUACGUUUCCACCCUUGUGUCCCUGCCCUUGUCCGCUGGCUCCCUACCUCUCCUUCUUUCAGCCCUGUUUCGUUCAGCGGCAUAUCUUCGUAGAAUUAAGUGACCAUCGUACGAGGCGAGAUCCCUGCCAAAGGUCCGAUUAGCUUUUCUCGCGAACGAUGAAACGUAAUUUGCAAACCGAUGCAUUCCCCUCUAACAAAAUAUUGUAUAUGAUUAUAAUAAAGUAUACGUCGAAAUUCGGACCCACGGUUGGCCCUCGCCUCUCUUAGAGCAUAUAACACUUUUCUCGAUACAACACACAUCUCACACACGCAUACAGACAUAUUAUCUACACGGACAGAUGCAUAUAUACACCCGUAUACACAGUAUACUCGUACGCGAUUGCUAACGACACACGAGAAACACGUACACACGCGUACACAUAGACGCGCGCGCGCAUAUACGUUUCGUAACGAAGUAUACAGUCUUAGCGCAGUGUUUCAUAUAGUUAGGUAGGAAACGUCAAGAGAAUAUUUUUUAUAUUCCACAUGGAUUUUACAGUUAUAUAUUAUCGUUUCGUAUCGAAAGGGAGGAAGUUUAAGGCGCGUCCAAAGCGUUACAUAGAUAUAUAUUAUAAAUAAACGAGACCUCUCGAUAUACGUGUCGCCAUUUAUUGUUUACACCGCGAUGAUUAUAUAUCGAUUAUCGGUCAUUCUUAUGGCGGUAGGCGCUGUCGUUUAUAUAUAUAAAUAUAUAUAUAUAUAUAUAAAGAAGGUAUAUCUAUAUAUAUAUAUACACACACACCCAUAUAUAGAUAAAUACGUGUAAGCGACGGUGUGGCGCGCGAGCGAGCGCGGAUGCUGCAGGUGCACGGCGCUUGGCGCCUGGCGCCUAUAGCGCGAACUCGAGCGCGCGCGCGUGCGCUCACCGCGUACCGAUCGCUUGCUAUCUCGUUGACGAUUAUUAACUAUCGCGAGCUGCUCGAAAGACGAGAUGCGUCGAGCAAAAGCGUCGCGUUCGAUCGAAAACUCGGGGGGACCCUUUGAGUUCGUCCACGGUUGCCCUACGUCCGAGUGCGAGCAAGAUUGCCGGCCGUAUUUUCCACAGCCAGGCAGCCAUUCCUUAUUCUAUUUCGCCGGCCAGAAGCUCGCACUUCCCUUCUUUCGUUUCGAAGGUUUAUUCCUUUUUAAACCCGUUUCGCGGAAACGAGGCGGGAGAGCUCGUUGGAGGAACACAAGCGGGAUCGAUCACGAGACGGAACACCUUAAACACCUGUACCUUUUACAAAACACUUUUAUACACACACACAGAAACACUCACACACGAUACGAAAAAUUUGCGCGUAUACUUUACUUAGACUCGGUGGGAAAGAUUACGCGAACGUGUACACAAUCGUAUACCGAUAGACCAACCUUUCGUCGAUGGGAAUUACGUUAGACCAAUGUAUCGCGUGCGAAGGUAUAUCGAUACCUUUCGAUCAGGUAAUCAACGAUCGAACGAAACGAAAGGUACGCGCGUACUAAUCGUGUACAUGUACGCCACCAAGCGAAUUGUAUAGCUAUAUCGCGGUUUAACGCGCGAUCUAGGAGUGUCGUUUUAAAUCGUGUAAUUAGUAACGUUACUUUUGUUGAUCGCUUGAUUUGCGGAACUAGCGGGCAAGGAAGACCAGCGGUCGGACGAACGGUGAUUUCUUCGACCGGUUGUCAGACCUCGAAAUCGUCGCCGUUUGUCGCUGCUCGAUCGGAAUUCGUCCGAUGAAUCGGAAACGCGCGACUACGGAAGACCGCGCGCACCAGCCAGCCUAUCUAGUUGGUAAAUCGUUAAUUACUUGGCCUUGAUACAGGGAAAUUGUCUUAGAAAUUGUUUGCGAAACUUUGAAGCAGGUUGUUGCGCGCGGUCGAGCCGAUAGUUUGAACGAGAAAGAUUAACACGGCAUAACUUGGGCAUUUAUUUCAAUCGCGUUCGAGAAAAGUGCGAUUGAACGAGAGAGUGACGAAUGACGAACAGAUCGCAAGUACGUGGUUCGCAGCUUUGAAACAUGUGAUACGUCGGCCGGCAAACAUUGAUUUCCGUUUUUACGGCAAUUCUACCGCGAAGAAAGCAGAAAACGAGAGUAUCAUGUAUAUCGGGACGUGAGGAACGGUAGAAGCCGGACGGAAAUCGAUUUGCAGGUUGGCGCAUUUUUUAAAGAUUCUUUGAGGUAGGACACUCUUUUGUUGAAGAUUGAUUGUUAUCAAAAUGGUUGUGAGGUUAUACUAUUUGAAAUGUGUUAACGAUGCGACGCGAACAUUCGACCGAUCGAUUGCAGAACGGUUUACAGAAACGGACAAAUUAAAAACGAUUCGGCUGAAAAAGAGCAAAGAUUCUUACUCCCGUUCCGUGAAACUGUAACGCAAUCGUUUCGAAGAAUCGCCAACGAAGAGACUAGAGGGAAACCGCGCGUUCUCGUGUGCGGAAACCGUGCGUGAUUCUAUAAAUCGUGAACAUUCCACUCCGAGAGUCUAGCUUCUUUAACUAGCUAGUUGACCGCGCACGUUUCCGUUUUAAAUUUCAUUCGCGGGAACGCGCUUUUCCCUGCAGUGUUACUAGUCGUCUCCGAGGAAGCGUACAACUGGCAUUAAUCCCGCGUACAGUCUGGUUCGGAAUUUAUUCGAUUUAUUGAAAAUCAACGACGCCUUCUCGCGUCGAUCUCUUGAAAUUGAAACAGACAAAAAUCUUAGCUUCUCGAUCGAGCAAUUUUGAAACAGCUUAUAAUGUCACUUAAGCUUAACACCUUGUCUACCAGAAAUUUGUUCAAAAGGAAUUAAUACUGAAAUCUAGCCUUGAUUUAUUAUUAGAUUGCGUUUACUUGAUCCGCGAACGGUAGAUAACGUGUUAAGCGAGAUCGCGAAGCGAGGGAAUCGUCGAAACGAGCAACCAGACUAACGGAAGAACAUGCGACUGAUAUGAAGCAGUAUUCGUGCGAGAAAUUGUAAAAUAAAAUUCGCGUAAACCUAGCCUUAAUACGAAAGAUUGAAUUAGGUUUAAUUGGAUCGGCACCGGGGGUUGUUGGUCCCUUCGUCGAAAUUAUCUCGAUUGGCUGUAAAAAUGUUGUCGUGAAUGAGGAUGAACUGUGUAGGCGACGUUAAACUAACGCAUCUUCGAGACCGUCGGGGAAAGGAUCGAGGCUCGAAGACGUCGCCGAAAGUGUUCCUCUUCGCACGGUGAUGUAUCUAGUGAGAGUAAUGUUAUUAGGUAACUUAAGCGUAUUAUAAAACGAGCGUAAUGAAAUGCCAGUUGUAAGAAAAUUUCUUUUUCUUUUUCUUUUUUUCUUUUUUUACGAACAAAAAAAAAAGAAGGACG